GAAGUGAUGCACCUGUCACAAUUUAUGAUAAAGACGACGCCUUUGAGGCACAUUACACAGCAUAUAAGCAAUCUUGAUCAGUACAAGUUUAUUGGAGCGCGCUCGCGGCAGGUGUCUUUGCGCCAUGGAACGUAUUUGGAGUAUAAGGCCACUUUCCAUAGAGUUGGAGGAUCGAAAUCCAUGAGAUGACUGGAAGCACUGUCCGUGGUGAGCGAGGACCAGUCCAUUUUCGAGUCGCCCUUCCCUGCCGCCACGACCAUGCACAUGAAGGGCGAGAUGACGUCACCGGGAAGCUUCAGCCAGGCCUCCGAAGAGAGCCAAGAACCCACCGAGCCGGAGUGGGCCGGGCCGGGACCACAGAACCCUGGGAAGAGAGGAGAUCACAUCAACGGAACCAGUCGUGAGUCCCCUGUGGACUGCAGUGUGACCAAACGCUCCCGACACAUGAGCAGCAACGAUGAUGGUCAGCUGGCCUACCAGGCCUCAUACCCCGAGCCCCGCUCCAGCCCCCAGACCGCCACCCCGCCCAACAGCGCCACAGAGGAGAAGAGAGUCAUAGUGCCCGCAGACCCUGAGGUGUGGACCCAGGACCAUGUGCGCCAGUGGCUGGACUGGGCCAUCAAGGAGUACAGCCUGGAGGAGGUGGACAUCAUGCACUUCCACACACUGGAGGGCAAGGCCCUCUGCAAGAUGACCAAGGAGGAUAUGAUGCGCCUCACGUCCGCCUACAACACAGACAUCCUGCUCGGCCACCUCAAUUACCUCCGGCAGAGCAGCCCUACUUUCUCCUACCCCACAACUCCAACCAACAACACACAGCAACAACCCAGACUACAGGUUAAAUCAGAGAACAGUUAUGAGGAGAUAGGCAGAAGGAACAGCUGGCCAUCGAACCCAAUGCCACCUCCAGUACCCAAAGGUUCUCCCAUGGAGCACCAACACAGCACCAGAGUCACAGAGCCUCCACCGAGAAGUGUGCAAGACCCAUACCAAGCAUUAGGUCCCAUCAGCAGUCGUCUAGCCAACCCAGAAGGGCAGGCCCUCCACUCCAAGAACCGAACAAGCAAACACAGUUCAUACAGGCUGCCUGACCCCAGCGCUCACAGGCCUGUGGGCUCUGGACAGAUCCAGCUGUGGCAGUUCCUGCUGGAGCUGCUGUCGGACAGCAACAACUCCAGCAUCAUAACCUGGGAGGGCACCAACGGCGAGUUCAAGAUGACCGACCCGGACGAGGUGGCCAAGCGUUGGGGCGAGCGCAAGAGCAAGCCCAACAUGAACUACGACAAGCUGAGCCGCGCCCUUCGCUACUAUUACGACAAGAACAUCAUGACCAAGGUGCACGGCAAGCGCUACGCCUACAAGUUUGACUUCCAGGGCAUCUCACAGGCCCACCAGAGCCACGGCGGAGAGGGGGGCAUUGUUAAGUAUCAGACUGAGGUAUCUUAUGCCCAGCCCUACCACAGCCACCAGCCAAAAAUGAACUUCAUGAACACACAUGCCGCCCCUAUGCCCGUGUCCCCUGGGAACUUUUUCGGGCCGUCUACAACUUACUGGAACUCAACAACCAGCCCAAUGUAUCCGGGGUCUCCCAUGCCAAGGCACCCGGGGACUCACUCCCACCUGAGCUCAUACUAUUGAGGCCUGGGUGUCUUGCACUAGACUGGAUGGGCUGGCAGAGCUUUCUGAAACAGACUGAUAUCCAAGAUACCAUCCACAAUGUAUCUGGUCUUUAAUGUCUAAAUUACAUUGUAACGCUAUGCAAGUUUUUUAAUUUCUCAAUUAUGGAGGUUGAGAAUGUUCAUUUCCUGUGAUUCAGUGUUUUGAAAACCAAGUUUUUCAAUUAUGUAAGUAUUUUGUUUAAUAUGUAAUUGAGGUCAUUGAAGGAUUUAAGGGGAAAGUCAUUGUGUGAGAAGUGGUAAAACUGUUAUGAGGUCUUUAUCUCAAUUACUAUAUUCAUUAAAUCUAACAUUUGUAAAAGUAUAAUUGUACAGAAUGUUUCAUACAAUUGUAGCAAUAAAACAUGUACCCCUGUAGUAAUGCUAAUAAAAGGAACUUGUAUAUUUGA